GCCGUGCUCGGUAGAAAAGUUUCGGGAAGAGCAGGAGGGAGGGGACAGAGGAGUAAAAGUGUAAUAAUCCGACAGCGAGCAUGACCGACGCCGAGGCGCAGAGCGCUCCACCAUCGGCACCGGUGGAAGACAAGCCACAGCCGGAGAGGAAAGUCAUAGCCACCUUGGUCCAAGGCACAGUGAAAUGGUUCAAUGUGCGGAAUGGAUACGGCUUCAUAAACAGGAAUGAUACUAAAGAAGAUGUAUUUGUUCAUCAGACUGCUAUCAAGAAGAACAACCCUAGGAAAUUCCUCCGCAGUGUGGGAGACGGAGAGGUUGUAGAAUUUGAUGUGAUUGAAGCAGCCAAGGGCUCAGAAGCAGCCAAUGUGACCGGCCCAGGUGGUGUUCCAGUCAAAGGGAGCCGCUAUGCACCCAACAAACGCCGCUUCCGUCGGCGGUUCUUCCCCCGCAGCCCUCGGCCUGGUGACCAGAGCAAACCAGCAGAUGGCCAAGCCACUGUUGAGGGUGAGGGAUCAGGGGAAAGUGAUGGAACGAGACCUCAGCAGCGCCGUCGUAGGCCCCAGAGACCACGGCAGGAUGCACAAGAUGGUGAGUCUGGAGAGCAAAAGAAUGAAGUAGCAGAGGGUGACCAAACGCAGCGACCGCAACGGCGUAGAUUCUGGCGUCCGUACCGCAGACCGUUCCGGCCUCGCCCACAUUUUGAUCAGGGUGCAGAUGGCGAGCAGGCAGCUGCUCCAGAGGAGAGCCAGGAGCAGGGUGAGAUGAAGCAGACGGAGGCCUCUGAGGGCCCACAGACCAAUGGAGAAGCAGCUGAGGGCCAGAAACAACGGCGCCAGACUAGACGCCGCAGGCAAAGGAACUCAGAGUCAUCUGCCUCAAAAAAUGAUACAGAGAAGUCUGCAUCAGAGCCUGGUACCCCCCCUCAGAAUUCAAAACCAGCUGACUUGAAAUCUGCAUCAAAAUCACCAAAGGUUUCCCCUAAAGCCUCUGCAAAAACACCCAAAUCACCUGAGCAGGCAGCUGCCACAACAGUCCCAGCCCCAACAGAGUGACGUCAAUGAGAGGACAGUCACGUGACCCUUGGCAAGAGGUCCUAGGGUUGGAGGACUGGACCUAUUUCAGAACACAUGCACUGCUCCCCUCCCUGCACUCCCCCAUCCUCCAACCCACCUCAUCUCGCUGUCAUCCCCUCAGGCCCCUUCCCCCCUCAUCUUGUGUUGUCCUGUCUAGACGCUGUGUGGAGAGGGAUGGAAUAGGGAAGAAAUGGGAUAUAGGUGGGUGGUGGGUGCAUGUUUAGAAAUUAAAAAUACAUCUUGAAAAAGAAAAAUGGGAAAGAAUGGACAAUCUGCUUGGUAGCCCAGUUAUUCCAACCCCACUUUAAAAACUAUUUUCCUUUAAUUGACCAGAUGGGGCACAUCAAGUAGUUUAGAGGAACCAGCCUUGAUUUUUAUUUUAACUUCUUAAUUUGGUUGAAGAGGGGAAAACCAAGCAGGUGUGAGGUUGGAGGUGCAUUAUGGGAGUCAGUUUAGUUCUGUGACCCUCAAUCGAUUCUUAAAACAUACUACUCCCUUCAUCCUCCUCAGUUGAGGAUAGAUUGAAAAGAAACUUUAUUUCUCUUGUUUUACUUAUUUGUGCAUGCUAUUCUUUGGAGGGGAUUAUGUGCAAUGUCAAUACUUAAAAUGUUAAUGAAUAAACCAUGUUUGCAAAUCUCA